AUGACCAGAACCCAGACACCAGUUGCAGCUGCUGCACUUCAAAUACAAAACCGCUCCUUGUGGGCAGAGGCACCGAGGGUCUCUGGGCAGGGUGGGGACAGCUCUGAUGACACCGUGGAACUGAGCAAUGAGGAAGAAGAAAGUUCAACAGAACUAGAUGAAGGGGACCAGGUUCCACCUCCAAACCCAGGUGGGCAGUAAACAUAGAGCAAUGUGUGUGAAGCCAGUCUUUUUCCGUGACUAACCAGAUAUUUUAUUUGUAGCUACUGAGGAGCUCCACAUAAACUCUGGAGAUCCUGAAGCUACUGUAAGAUCAGAUUCUGUGGCAGAUAACGGGAGUAUAACAUUACAAGUACCAGUUGCAGACAAGCCGGUAAAGUCAAAGAACGAACAGACUCUGUCCUGUAUCUGUGCAAUAGCUCUAGAAUGUAACACAAAUCCAAGCCCCUUCUCAGAAUGCCUGUUGUAGGACUGUACGUCCCAUUGGUCAUACUGGCUCUUGCAGAAGUAGAAAAUGUUUUAUAGGGGCAGUCACAGCUGGAGAGGCAUUGGUGGGUAUAUUAGUGCACUGUAUAUCUUAUGACAUGUCCUGUUAGUAAGGAUGACAGUCUUUAGAAGGACUUUUUGGAAAGUUUUGGCAAAGCAGGUAAUUCAUUUCACUAAUAUCCAGGGUGGGAUCUGGCCAGAAGAAAGAUACAUGUGACCUGAUUAACUGCUUACGCUAAAACCUACUUGGCUAUAGGGGCUAAUUGGUAAAGGAUGAAUAGCUGAGAUCUUGCAUUGAAAGUCGCCUAUAACUUGUGUGGUGCUCCAUUUAGAGAUUUACAUCUAGAUUAUGAAUUCCCACAGGAAAACGGCCCUCCUCUUGUAUUUGUUUGUCUAAUUUUUUUUAUGGUCUCUAAGCUACAUUGAACUAUUUUUAAAAAAAUUUUUUUAAAUGUUUUACUUGUCCCUAUUGUAACCAUUGACAGCUUUGCAUAGUGUGAUGGUGCUUUAUUUUAAUAAUCAUACAUUUAACUUUCUUUCACUCCUCACGAAUACAUGUUAAUUAUAAGGAUAAUUAAACAUAGCAUUAGAAAUUCCCAUUCGAUUGUUGGCUACCUGUAAUGUGAUCUGACUGUCUGAAGUCCAUGUAAUCUUCAUGUGUUUUUUUUUUUUUUUGCUGUUUUUCCUGCACUCAGAAAACCCCCAUAAAGACAAUCUCUGUGCCUACUCCUCGUUCUCCAGAAGAUGAUGAAGGGGACACAUGUGCCAUCUGCUUUGAUUCGUGGACGAAUGCUGGCGAGCACCGGCUAUCUGCUUUGCGGUGUGGCCAUCUCUUUGGUUUCACAUGCAUUGAACGGUGGCUCAAGGGAGGAGCUGCUAAGUGCCCGCAGGUUGGAAUGAAAUCAUUCAUGGAUGGGUUUUAUUCCUAUUCUAAAUAGCUUUUUGUCAUUAAAAGUAUUUUCUGAAAGGGACAAAGUCACAAAAACACUUUAUCUGAAAGGGACACUUCAAGCAUCAUAACCACUACAGCCUAUUGCAAUGGUUAUGGUUCUAGGCGUGUCCUUGUACCUUCACAGCGUAAUUUAUUAAACAGUUGUAGAGCAGUUUGAUACUUACCCUCAGUCUAACCAGGCACAUGUGGCUGCAUGCUCUGCAGGAGAAUCUGUUUAACCCCUUAAGGACCGGCAUGUUUUUGCGAUGUUGUACGUUAAGGACCAGGGCUCUUUUAACACUUUUGUGGUGUUUGUGUUUAGCUGUAAUUUUCCUCUCUCUCAUUUACUGUUCCCAUACAAGUUAUAUAUUGUUUUUUUUCACGACAAAAGGGGCUUUCUUUACAUACUAUUAUUUGUAUCAUGUCAUAUAAUUUACUUUAAAAAUAAUAAUAAAAUAUGGUGGAAAAUUGGGGGGGAAAAAAACAUGUUUUUUAACUUUUGCUUGAAAAAUCUUUAAUUUACCUACUAAAGCUAAUAAAAAAAACCCAGCUAAAUAGAUUAAAAAUUUUGUCCUGAGUUUAAGAACACCCAGUGUUUACAUGCCUUUUUAUUUUUUUAUUUUUUUUGUGCACAAGUUAUAGGGCUAUAAGUACAAAUAGGAAAUUGCUGUUUAAAAAUAUAUAUUUUUUAAAUGUAUCAAUAGUGACAUUGUAACACUAUCUGUCAUAAAUCUCUGAAUCACACCCCACAUUUACAUUUUUUUUUUUUUUAAAGAAGACAACCCAGGGUAUUCAAUAUGGGGUAUGUCCAGUCUUUUUUUAGUAGCCACUUGGUCACAAACACUGGCCAAAGUUAGCGUUAGUAUUUGUUUGUGUGUGAAAAAAGUAAAAAAACUAAAUUGAAUGCUAAUUUUGGCCAGUGUUUGUGACUAAGUGGCUACUACAAAAGACUGGACAUACCCCAUUUGCAAUACCUUGGGUUGUCUUCUUUUGCAAAUGGUAUGUCAUCAUGGGGGUAAUUCUCAUUCCUGGGCUACCAUACGCUCUCAAAAGCAAGGUAACCAACCUGCCAAUUUUCAUUGUAAAAAUAUUUGACCCUGUAACUUUCAAUAACGCUAUAAAACCUGUACAUGGGGUACUGUUAUACUCAGAGACUUUGCUGAACACAAAUAUUAGUGCUUCAAAACCGUAAAACCUAUCUCUGCGAUGAUAUUUUCAGUGAAACUGACUUUUUGCAUUUUUCACACACACAGCACUUUUACUGAUGAUCUAAUUGUUGUGAUACGUUUUACUGUUUUAAACACAAACAUUUGUGUUCAGCAAAGUCUCCAAACAGUACCCCUACCCAUGUACAGGUUUUAGGGUGUCAUAGAAAGUUACAGGGUAAAAUACAGUGCUAGCAAAUUAAAUUCUCUUGACUUUCGGUCUGGAUUGUCAGGCAGGUCCCUCAAAUUGCAAUCAAUAAAAUUAUGUAAAAAUAUUACAUAAAUACACACGUAGAAUUUAAAUAUAUAUGCAUAUUUAUAUAUUUGAAGUCUACGUGUUUAUUUUAUAUAAUUAUUUGUAAUUUUGUAUAUGGACAUAUGUAUAUUGCGCGUGUGUGUGUGUGUGUGUGUGUGUAUAUGUAUGUAUGUAUGUGUGUAUAUAUAUAUAUAUAUAUAUAUAUAUAUAUAUAUAUAUAUAUAUAUAUAUAUAUAUAUAUAUAUAUAUAUAUUCUAUAAUUUCAUUCUAAGUGUAUUUUGAUAUAAAUAUCAAAAUACAGUUGGAAUAAAAUUUCAUAUAGAUAUAUAAUUUUUUAAAAUUAUAUUUUAUAAUUUUUGUGUGUAAUUUAAUUUUAAGUGUAUUUUUAUAUUAAUAUAAAGCUGUGAAGUGCCCCACUCAUUUCAUGCUCUCAGCCAAUUAACGCAGUUCUAUGUGAGAAGUUGCAUUACCACAUCAUUCUAAAUCGAUUUGAUAAAUUAUUCUCGGAGGGUCCCAGGAUAGUACAGUUGGCUCUAGAGGUUAUGGCGCUUGAAGUGUUCCUUAAGUGAAUUGAUAUUGGACCUAGAUGCUGCUCCAGCUGUCUUGCAAAUGAGUAUGAUGCCAUUUCUGAGAGAAGCAUUGAAUUGACAAAUCUGUGAUAACCAUGCUUGCAUGGUGUGUAUUUGAGUAGAAUCAGACUGGACAAAAUACUUUGUGGUUGACUACCAAGGUCAGGGAUAGACAACCUUCGGCACCCCAGAUGUUGUGGACUCAUCUCCAUUGAUGCUUUCCAAGCAUUAUGUGGGAUGUAGUCCAAAACAUCCGGAGUGCCGAAGGUUGCUUAUCCCUGUCCUAGGUAUUGAUUGCUGUGCUGUCCCCGGCUUCCCCUUGCACUGAUCGCUGUGCUGUCCCAGGCUGACACACACCUAGUACACUCAGACUGUAUUAGAUUGUUUGUUUAUGCAGCUCUGUACAUGUGGGAGCCUUCAACUGUCCAGUAAGACUUAGAAUCUGUAUAACUCUAUUGCCGUCCAAGAAAUGCGCACCCUUGCACAUUAUUUUGUGGAUUUUACUUUACAAUAUUUCAAGGUAGCAAUGUGAUGUCUAGAAAGAGAUUUAUUUUGCUAGUCUGAUCUCCUUUUUCUUUUGUUUGUCCUCAGUGUAAUAAAAAGGCAAAGCGUUCAGAUAUUGUGGUUCUGUACGCCCGAACACUGAAAGCUCUGGAUACUAGUGAGCAGGAGCGCCUGAAAAGGUAGCGUUCUACUGAUUUUAUUGACCCAUUACACCAUGAACACGUGCUUGUCUGACUGUUAUCAGUCAUGUGCAUUCUUGACCCCUUCGUGAAGGAAGUAGCUACGCUAAUAAUGUAAGUGUUUGUGUUUUCCAUCAGUUCCCUGGACAAGGAGCAAUCAUUACGGAAGAAGGCGGAGCUGGAAUCCGCACAGUGUCGCCUGCAGGUCCAGCUACUAAAUGACGAGUGCGGGAAACUGCGCAAACAGAUUCAGGUGAGAUGUCCGAAUGUAAAAGGUUUAUAUUCAUUUUGGUAUAUUUAUUAUGUAUUGUUUUGAUUGUAGUUUUACAGAAUAAGGUUUUAUAAUCACAUUUCUUGCCAUAUGGAUAUUAAGAAUCAUUGUUACAUGCUGUUGUCAUUUAUUAAUGGCGUUGACUAAAUCUAUUUGCAUAUUAGCAGCAGCAGCAGCAGUAUAUUAGAUGCAUUAGGACAUGCUUGGACCUAAAGGGGCAGUAUAGUAUAAGGAACACUAUAGUUCUAAAACUGCCAUUUAGGUGGUCCGUAACCAUUGCCUCAUAGAAACAUAGAAUGUGACGGCAGAUAAGAACCAUUCAGCCCAUCUAGUCUGCCCAAUUUUCUAAAUACUUUCAUUAGUCUCUAGCCUUAUCUUAUAGUUAGGAUAGCCUUGUUGAAGUGUUAGUUAAACAUGCACCGUAAUUACCUAGAUCUCUACACUAUCAACUUGACUGAUCUCUUGUUCACUUACCCCUCGCAUUUAGUCCUUGAUGGAUUAGACAGGCAGUGGGAGAAUUUAUUUUAUGGGGGUGUUAAAUAUUGAAAAUAUUUUAUAUAAAUUAUAAAAAAAAAAAACUUUUUUUUUUUUUUUUUUAUAUUUUGGCACCGUUUCCCUUGAUUGGUUUAAAGCUUGGAGUACCUCACUAUUUUAACUCUUAUAGACCCUGGAGCAUGUUUAUGAGCAAAUUUAUAUUUCACACAAUCACAACUGAUUUUAUAAAAAAUAUAUAUUAAAAAAAAAAAAUAAUUUGUGACUAAUAUUACAAAUCUGUACCAUGCAUGAUGAUGAUCCGUGAAUAUUUGGUAUAACAGGCGUAAAAUAUGACAAUUAUGUCAACCAUAAGAACAACAAAGAUCAUUUCUAAAUAACUUGUCUUAUAGUGAUGGGUUAGCAGUUCACUGAGUGCUAACCCAUCACUAGGGGGUAUGGGUCAGUGUACUUGGCAAGUAACAGUACAGAUUUUGUACACCUCAAUAAUCAAUAGGCUAUAAGUAACGAUAUUUAAUAAUGUCAAUUAAUUUCCAAAGGAAAUUAUACAUAUGGAACUUCAUGCAUCACCCAUAGAACCUAACUGACAUUGUUUCAACAUGGGAGGUGGGGGCGGGGGGAGAGAAUGACCACAGAAUGCAGAACAAAGCCAUAAACUGAUGCUAGCAGUUAGGGAAGAUAAACACAGUUAGAAUUAACUAGUUCACCCGCUGCAUGUGAUUCUCAGAGUAUGUACUUUAAACAUUGCAAAACAAAGCCAUUUCAUGCAAUAGUCAAUUAACUAUUCUUUACCAUCCAAUAAUCACAAGAGAAUCCUAAGCCUUAAAAUCGCUUUACUACAGUAUUUAACAACUAUUUACAACUCACUGCAAUUUCUUAGUAUUUGGUAAUAAUAUUAAGACCAGUCCCUGAAUUAUUAAAGGAACACUAUAGUCACCUAAAUUACUUUAGCUAAAUAAAGCACUUUUAGUGUAUAGAUUAGGGGUAGGCAACCUACGGCACUAGUGCCACGCACGGCACUCAAGGCUGCUAGAGCCAAACAGGCUCUGGCCUAUCAGGAGUCCCAGUGAAACAGAUAUCUGCUAAUACGAAAAGGUGGUGAAGGACAAUCCUCAAUUCAUGCAUUGCAGCACAUAGAGGAAGUGAUCUCAGAUCACUUCCUCCCAGCACUUGUGAAUGGGAAUCCACACUGUAGUAGAGCAGCCUGCAGCUCCUGUCCUGUACCUGGCCAGCCUGCUCCCCACUGGCACCCACACUGCUAGAUAUACACAGAGAUGCAGAAUAACCCUCCCCUCAUACAAAUACCCCAAACAGCCCACACACAAACAAAACACAAUCUGCACAAACGUAACCCGCUAACAAUCUCACAUGCAAUACCCCAAACAGCCCCCCACACAUACACACAAUGUGACACAUCCAUCCACACAAUUCCACAAGCUGCCCCCACACACAGCCCACAUUCAUAGGUAUCAUACACAACACCACAAACUACUUGUAAACAUAUACAAUAUAACAGCUCCUAUACGCACAAAUACAACAAUACAAAGCAAUUACAGGAUAAAUAACACAAGCAGAAUACGGCAACAUACACACCUCAAUUUAAAAAAAUAGGACCGGCAUGCUACGGGACAUCACAAUCCUAUAUCGGCACAGUGCUGCUAAAAGUUUGCCUACCCCUGGAAUAGAUCAUUCCCCUGCAAUUUCACUGCUCAAUUCUCUGUCAUUUAGGAGUUAAAUCACUUUGUUUCUGUUUAUGCAGCCCUAGCCACACCUCCCCUGGCUAUGAUUGACAGAGCCUGCAUGGAAAAAAACUGGUUUCACUUUCAAACAGAUGUAAUUUACCUUAAAUAAUUGUAUCUCAAUCUCUAAAUUGAACUUUUAAUCACAUACAGGAGGCUCUUGCAGGGUCUAGCAAGCUAUUAACAUAGCAGGGGAUAAGAAAAUCUUAAUUAAACAGAACUUGCAAUAAAGAAAGCCUAAAUAGGGCUCUCUUUACAGGAAGUGUUUAUGGAAGACUGUGCAAGUCACAUGCAGGGAGGUGUGACUUGGGUUCAUAAACAAAGGGAUUUAACUCCUAAAUGGCAGAGGAUUGAGCAGUGAGGCUGCAGGGGCAUGUUCUAUACACCAAAACUGCUUCAUUAAGCUAAAGUUGUUCUGGUGACUAUAGUGUCCCUUUAAGGAUGUUUAAAAUCUCUGGAUAAUAGCUUGAUAUGCUAAACUUGGCUAAUUACCAGUGAACACAUCUAAUGCCUUAAUUUCCGCUGCAGUCUGAAAUUAUGAGAUACAUUUUUACUUUUAGCUAAUUACGCAAUGUUGGAAAUCUGACCAGCAAUAUCCAGGUAUAUAUUGUUUUUAGAAAUAAUUAAAUUAAAUUAAACCCAUAUAUUUACUUAUCUGGUAGAAGUUCUGUGGCUGGAGAUAAUCAAGUGAAUGAGUGUGAGGUAAGAGUGUUAAAGUUAGAGAAAAUAGACUCCAAGCGAGAGUGGUUUCCGAAAGUCCAGAAGUGGUCUGGCUAACGAAGAAAUUUUCAAGUGUCCCAAGAAUUCCUGAAGGAAAAGGGUGUGUGUUCAAAGUGUUGAGUAUCUAUUCCCACGAUUGUAUGUAUGUUUCUUGUUCAAUCUGUGUUCUUACUUUGAAAGAAAUCUCUUGUCUGUAAAUUUCAGAUAGAAACAUAGAAACAUAGAAACAUAGAAUGUGACGGCAGAUAAGAACCAUUCGGCCCAUCUAGUCUGCCCAAUUUUCUAAAUACUUUCAUUAGUCCCUAGUCUUAUCUUAUAGUUAGGAUAGCCUUAUGCCUAUCCCACGCAUGCUUAAACUCCUUUACUGUGUUAGCCUCUACCACUUCAGCUGGAAGGCUAUUCCAUGCAUCCACUACCCUCUCAGUAAACUAAUACUUCCUGAUAUUAUUUUUAAACCUUUGUCCCUCUAAUUUAAGACUAUGUCCUCUUGUUGUGGUAGUUUUUCUUCUUUUAAAUAUAGUCUCCUCCUUUUACUGUGUUGAUUCCCUUUAUGUAUUUAAAUGUUUCUAUCAUAUCCCCCCUGUCUCGUCUUUCCUCCAAGCUAUACAUGUUAAGAUCCUUUUAACCUUUCCUGGUAAGUUUUAUCCCGCAAUCCAUGAACCAGUUUAGUAGCCCUUCUCUGAACCCUCUCUAAGGUAUCAAUAUCCUUCUGAAGAUACAGUCUCCAGUAUUGUGUACAAUACUCCAAGUGAAGUCUCACCAGUGUUCUGUACAAUGGCAUGAGCACUUCCCUCUUUCUACUGCUAAUACCUCUCCCUAUACAACCAAGCAUUCUGCUGGCAUUUCCUGCUGCUCUAUUACAUUGUCUGCCUACCUUUAAGUCAUCAGAAAUAAUCACCCCUAAAUCCCUUUCCUCAAUUGUUGAGGUUAGGACUCUAUCAAAUAUUCUGUACUCUGCCCUUAGGUUUUUACAUCCAAGAUGCAUUAUCUUGCACUUAUCCACAUUAAAUGUCAGUUGCCACAAUUCUGACCAUUUUUCUAGUUUACCUAAAUCAUUUGUCAUUUGGCUUAUCCCUCCUGGAACAUCAACCCUGUUACAUAUCUUAUUAUCAUCAGCAAAAAGACAUACCUUACCAUCAAGACCUUCUGCAAUAUCACUUAUAAAAAUAUUAAAGAGAAUGGGUCCAAGUACAGAUCCCUGAGGUACCCCACUGGUGACAAGUCCAAGCUUCGAAUAUAUUCCAUUAACUACAACCCUCUGUUGCCUGUUACUCAGCCACUGCCUUACCCAUUCAGCAAUAUUUGAAUCCAAACUUAAAGAUUGCAGUUUAUUGAUAAGCCUUCUAUGUGCAACAGUGUCAAAAGCCUUACUGAAAUCUAGGUAAGCAAUGUCUACUGCACCACCCUGAUCUAUAAUUUUAGUUACCCAAUCAAAAAAAUCAAUAAGAUUUGUUUGGCAUGAUCUCCCUGAAAUAAACCCAUGUUGUCUCUGAUCUUGAAAUCCAUGUGUUUUUAGAUGUUCAUCAAUCCUAUCCUUUAACAUGGUUUCCAUCACUUUCCCCACUACUGAAGUAAGGCUUACUGGCCUAUAGUUGCCCGACUCCUCCCUAUUACCUUUCUUGUAAAUGGGCACAACAUUCGCUAACUUCCAAUCUUCUGGGACUACUCCUGUUAACAAUGAUUGGUUAAAUAAAUCUGUUAAUGGUUUUGCUGGUACACCACUAAGCUCUUUUAAUAGCUUUGGGUGUAUUCCAUCAGGUCCCAUUGACUUAUUUGUCUUUACUUUUGACAGUUGAAAUAGAACCUCUUCCUCUGUAAACUCACGUGUAAUAAAUGACUCAUUUAUCCUUUUUCUCAACUGAGGUCCCUUUCCUUCAUUUUCUACUGUAAAUACAGAACAAAAAUAUUCAUUGAGGCAGUCAGCCUGACCUUUAUCCUCUUCUACAUACCUUCUUCUUUUGUUUUUAAUCUAACUAAUCCUUGUUUUACUUUUCUUUUCUCAUUUAUGUAUCUAAAAAAUGUUUUAUCCCCCUUUUUUACUGACUGUGCUAUUUUCUCUUCUGUGUGAUUUGGAAGCUCUUAUAACUUGCUUAGCCUCUUUCUGCCUAAUCUUAUAGAUCAUUUUGUCUCCCUCACUCUGGGUUUUUUUAUAAUUCCUAAGUGCUAACUUUUUGUUUUUAACUAUUUUGGCCACAUCUGCGGAGUACCACAGUGGUUUCUUGAAUUUUUGCUUUUACUGACAAGCCUAAUGCAAUUUUCUGUUGCCUUCAAUAGUGCAACUUUUAAAUAAUCCCAUUUUUCUUGGACUCCAUUUAAAUUGCUCCAGUCUGAUAAUGACUCUUCUAAAAUUAGAAUAUGGGUAGAGAAGUCUAAAACUUUUGUUUUUGUGUGGUGUGACUCAGUCACUGUUCUUAUAUUAAACCACACUGACUGAUGAUCACUGGAUCCUAAACUUUCACCUACAGUAACAUCUGAUACCAAAUCUCCAUUUGUUAACACUAAAUCUAGUUUGGCCUCUUUACGAGUUGGCUCCUCAACAACUUGCUUUAGAGACAACUCCAGUAGGGAGUUUAGAAUAUGUGUGCUCCUGGCACAAGUAGCUAAUUUUGUUUUCCAAUUUACAUCAGGAAGAUUAAAGUCACCCAUGAUGAUAACUUCCCCCUUCAUUGUCAUUUAGCUAUUUCCUCAACUAGUAGAUUAUCUAACUCUUCAAUUUGUCCUAGGGGCCUAUAAAUCACACCUACACGAGUUACUGUGUGAUUACCAAAUUCUAACGUAGCCCAAGCGGACUCUAUGUUUGCCUCACUAACUUUUAUUAGGCUAGAUUUUAUGCUAUCCUUCACAUACAAGGCCACCCCUCCCCCUUUCUUGCCUUCCCUAUCUUUCCUAUAUAAAAAGAGUACCCUGGUAUUGCUAUGUCCCAGUCAUUUUUCUCAUUGUACCAUGUCUCAGUAACAGCGACUAAAUCUACACUAUCAGUUGCCAUUAUUGCCACAAGUUCAUGGAUCUUAUUCCCUAAACUGUGAGCAUUUGUAGACAUGACUCUAAGCUUAUAAUUUUUUAACACACUUGCUACAGGCACCUUCUGUCCUUGUUUUGGGGGACAAUUGGAUUGAUGUUUUAUCACCCUUUUGCCCCCCCCUCCUAGUUUAAAUACAUCCUAGCAAAACCUCUGAGCUGCUCACUGAGAACAUUUGUUCCCUUUUGAGAAAGAUGCAAACCAUCUUUUUUGUACAGCUUAUCUCCAUUUCAAACAGAGCUACCAUGAGAAAUAAAGCCAAAUCCUUGCUCCCGACACCAUUCACCAAGCCACAAAUUAAAGUCCCUAAUACGCAUCCGCGUGUCGUUCUGAGUGUUAUGCACAGGCAGAACUUCAGAGAAUGACAGUGUGGAAGCAACCUGCCGUAUAUCAUUGGCAAAACACUAAAAACUUCCUUAACCUCUGAAACCUCAUUGCAAGCCAAGUCAUUUGUCCCUAGAUGGACAAGUACAUCCAAUUCCCCUUCCUGCUUUGCUUGCUUAACAAUAUUACUGAUACGUCUCCUGUCUCUGUGAGCAGUAGCUCCGGGAAGACACCUCACAAGACCACCAUUGUCCAUCUCCACACCUCUUAUAAUGGAAUCACCCAACAACAACUGCUUUCUAUUAGGCCUCACCAUAGUCUCCAAGCCGGUCUCCACAACACCACUAGCCUCAGUGCCUCUCUCCACAACACCACUAGCCUCGGUGCCUCUCUCCACAACACCACUAGCCUCGUGCCUCUCUCCACAACACCACUAGCCUCAGUGCCUCUCUCCACAACACCACUAGCCUCAGUGCCUCUCUCCACAACACCACUAGCCUCAGUGCCUCUCUCUACAACACCACUAGCCUCAGUGCCUCUCUCUACAACACCACUAGCCUCAGUGCCUCUCUCUACAACACCACUAGUCUCAGUGCCUCUCUCCACAACACCACUAGUCUCAGUGCCUCUCUCCACAACACCACUAGCCUCAGUGCCUCUCUCCACAACACCACUAGCCUCAGUGCCUCUCUCCACAAUACCAUUACACUCUGAAAGUGAAGAAAAUGAAUUAUGAAGAGCAACAGACUGUGCAAAAUGCCUUUUAUCCACAACUCUAAGUCUACCAGAUCCUACAGUAAUCCAUCUGCCUUUCCUAGUAUGUCUCUGCGGCAGUGGCUUUGCAGCAGUUACAGUCUGAGUUUCUUCACCAGAUAAUUUACAAAUCUCAGACUUCAAAAAUACAAUCUCCUGCCGCAAGAUAGAGAACUGUCUACAGAUUAGACAACAACCAAACCUCCAAAAACUGGAACGUGAAACAAAUGCAUAGCAAUUGUUACACUGAACUAAACCUGCCAUUCCAAUUAUAAGAAUAAUUUAAAUCGAACAAAUCUUAACUUUUGUAUUUAUCCUCCUGAAUACCUCAGAUUACCUCCAGGUUAUCUCCAACGACACACUUAGAAACAGCACUUGGAAGUAGCACCAAGCUAUAUUAGACAAGCUAAUGGAACCAGGCCUUAUAUAACUCCUAAAAUCAGGCCUGAUUUUAAAAAUGACCAACGGAAUCCUAUGGGCAUACAGUAUUACAAUGAGUGACCGAUAGAUGGCAUAACUGUAUGGUUUGUUAAUUGUAAUGAUCAUUUGGUCAUAAUGGUUUAACUAAAAUACAUGACUACUUGGAGAAAACUACUAUCUUUAUAGCAAUCAAUCAUAGAUUGCUGUCAAAUAUCAGUUUGGUAGAUUUUAAAAGACAGGUGUUAAAUCUCAUCGUAAUUUUAAGUAGCUGGCAUAGAUGCCCCAAGUUUCAACUAAGUCUACAAUGGAGUCUUCUAGAAGCCCCCAUUAAACAUAGUCUCCUUCAUGAUUUAAGGAGUAUGUCUUAUGCGCAAAUUUUCAUCUUCUAAUCGGAUUCUGGAUUUCAGCUACACUGACCAUCCAUGGUAUCAGAUUACAUGUUAGUAAUAAUGUUCAACAUAAAAUGUAUGUAUCUUUAAUAAACAUCUAGUGUUAGAAAAAUCUACUCAAAUUACUAUUUUGAAUAUAUAAAAAAUAUUUAAAGAGUAGUAUUAUCAUGAUAUAUAAUUAUAUUGCAAGCUAGGGAUUUUUCUCAAACCCCCUUUCUUUCUGACCCUUAUUUGUAGUCUGCCCUGUAAGAAGAUACCUUAUCUCACCUUAGAGUCUUGGUGAGGCAGUGUUUGCACUCCAAGGCUUUUUACGACCUGGACUGCAAAUAAGAUACACAAAUACAGUACAGCAGUUAUUUUUAUUUUUUUUAUCCACAAAAUGUCUGACAUUAUUUAAACAUUUUUCACCCACACCCAGGUUUAAACUCCUUCUCUAAGACGUGUUUACAUGAACCUACUUAAACGCUAUCGAAAAAUGUUGAUCUUUAAACUCUGUUUUGGCAUCUUUAAUCCGGAUAAAAUCUUAGAUACAGCAAAACCUAGAGAAAAUGUGCACCAUCUGAUACUGUCCACGUAAAUAACAUACAAAUCUUAAAAUCUAGUAAAAUAUCAAUAUUUUACAAUAGCUAUUUCAGCUGCAUUUUGAUAAAUUGUACUAAAAAUAUUUUUUAUUUUGCUUCUUUUACAAAAUUAGUGUGCAAAUUGAUUUGCUAGAUUUUCUUUUUCUUUUUCUUUUUUUUUUCUUUUUUUUUUGUCUUUUACCUAAAUCCGCUGUAAUGAAGUGUUUUCUGUUAUUGCUGUGAUUUGUCCUGCAGGAGUUAAAGCUGCUGAUUGCGCAGCACGGUACCACCUCCUCCUCCCAGCAGCCUUCCUGGUCCCGGGCCUCUAGCUCACUCUCAUCCAGCCAGAUCCAGAGGAAGUAUAACUUUGAGAAGGCAAUACUGAUCUCUCAGAGCGGAAACUGCAGGGUCAUGUCUUUCUGUGAGAGUCUGGGCUGCCUGGCUGUGUCCCAGCCAUCCCCACAGACAACGCUAAUUCCAGGUAAGUAUUUAGGGCUAUAAAGAGUUAAUGGCCUAUUCUAAUCAUAAACACUGCUCAUUAGUGAGUGUUCAUGUUUGUCAUUCAUUCUGUGCACGUGUUCCUGCACAGCCUGGCUUUGGACCUUGAUACCAGACGUGGUGAUAGAAUUGUGGGAAAAUGGCACUGAAAGCAGUAAGAGGACCAUGUACGCCAUUACUGUUUAAUUGUGCCUCAGUGGGAAGUUUGGCCGUAUUUACAUCAUCCAUUCUCUUCAUUCUUUACAGCCGUGAGGGGAAAUGACAGAUGGCAAAACCAGACUCUUCCACUUCAUAGCUGUAUCUAGAUGUUUAAUUUCCCUGUGACAAACAUGGAGCUGGACCUUCUCACUUGAAAUCUUCAUAUUUCCUUCCAGGUUGUGGGAUUAAGAAGCUGAGUGCAGUGAAUAUGAAAAGCAGCCAAUACGUCCCCAUUCACUCCAAGCAGAUCAGGGGCCUGGCGUUCAGUAACCGGACGGAUGGACUGCUUCUAUCUGCCGCUCUCGAUAACACAGUGAAGCUGACUAGGUGAAUCCUCCAGAUCCAACAUUCAGUACUGAUCUACAUAACCUGCAUCAAGGCAGCACCUAUGCUGGCAGUCUUUGGUUUCUGUUUUUGGCAGAUCAGGGGGAGCCAGGUGUUUUGAUCUAAAAUGCAUCUUGUGGGUAGAUGGAUAACAGGCCAAGUCCUGGCUGCACAUCUAAUAACAUGGAUACAUUUGAGUGAAGGCUGUCUAAAGAUAGGCACAUUUGGUACUUCUUUUUGAAAUCCUGGAUAUUGAGUAGUUUUUUUUUUAUUUUUAUUUUUAUUAUUAUUAUUAUUUUUUUUUAAAAAAAAGACUAUGCAAGGCUGUAAUUUGUAUGUGAAUAAAUUGUUGGUCCACGGAAAAAUCUGAUUGUCAUUUUGUUUGGCUAGCCCUUAAAAUUGAGGGGGGCUUUACAGGGGCUUAUGGGAUAAGGGACCCCUCCCCCAACGGCCCAGAGAUUGGUGGGGUAACCAUGAGGUGUGCCUUUAGCUACAGUCUGUACCAUCUUUACAUGAACAGGGAGGUAUUUUUAUGUACAAAUGCAAUCUAGACUGAUGGAGUUGUUUUUGUUUUUUCUUUCUGUAUUGUCCUCAUAGCUUGCUAACCAACACUGUGGUGCAGACCUAUAACACCGGAAGGCCUGUCUGGAGCUGCUGCUGGUGCUCUGACAAUACGAACUAUGUUUAUGCCGGUCUCAUUAAUGGCUCUGUGCUAGUGUAUGACCUGCGCGAUACCAGCCAGUGUGUGAAGGAACUGGUGCCGCUGGGCUCCAGGUAACAUGUCCUCAUUAGUGAAAGUUGAUUGAAAUCAUAGUAAAUAUUUAGCAGUUUUCACCUCAUGAACCUUCUACCUGUUUUUGCUCUGUAGAUGUCCGGUGGUGUCGCUUUCAUCUGUACCUCGUGCUGCGUCAGAAGUCUUUCCUUGUGGAGGCGUGCUAGCUGGGACUCUGGAGGGGGCAUGUUUUUGGGAGAUGAAGGAUGGUCAGUACCGUCCUCAUCUCCUCCCUUUGGAAACUGGAGGCUGCACAGAUAUCCAAACUGAGAGCACCACCCGUCACUGCCUUGUUACUUACCGCCCUGGUAAGUAGCACUAGAUCUUUCACUCCUGUAAUGGCACCCCGGGUAUAAAAGGGGUUAAAAGCCAUUUAGGAGAUAAUCCCUUUCCAGAUACAAAGUCGGCUACCAAAGACACCAAUCUGCCGAACAGGAAGAACCAUAUCAAUGCUCCAAAAAGCCAAACCGGAAAAACCAUACAAAUAGGUUUAUACUCCAGAAGCCAAAUAGUAAAACCAUACGAAUAACCCACCCCCAAGUACUAGACUAGGCUCUGUAUUGAGGGUCAGCAGGUAAUCUGGUUUAAUGGGGCUAACUGCCCGAUAUUAAUGCAGGUCUCCCACCAGGUGGACACUCCCAUAGGGGACCUGGUAGGAAACUAGGACACAAAUUGUUCAUUGACCAAUAAGAACAGUUUAGCAGUAAACACUCCCCUUUGGACAAUAGGGACCCUCCUCUCUAUCCUGGAGAUAAUUGGGAAGUAACUCCAUUAUCUCCGAGGAUAGAGCACAACCUCUAUUUUAUACCUGUUACUAAAAAGACAUAAAAAUACAUAAUACUAAAACUACCGAAUAAACUAUGCAUGUUCAACAUAUCCCCAGAUAGCUGAGAUCUGAGUGCACAUUAUUACUGAAUGGCGCUCAGAUCACAUGCAUACAGUUCAAUCGCCAUGGAGCCAAAGUCUUUCACAUACUCUUUCACAUAGUCUUUCGAUAUACGAAUGGGCUCCAUGGGAUAGCUAUCUGGGGUAGCACUGUUCACAUAAUCAAAGUCCCGAACGGCCCAGCGUUCGUAUUAACAAAUGGGAACAAGAAAAGGGAGGUCGGCAGCUUCGGCGGUGUUCGUGAAGAAAAGUGUCCGUUUUCAGUUUCAUGAACUAGUCGUCGAACACCACUGUGCAUUCGACCGUUUAAGAUGGCCGCCGCCAUGUGUUCGGCUAUAUGAACGACUGACACUCCACGUUCGUCAAUUAAGCUGUGGUUAACCGCAGCUUCAGGGAGGUAAAUUGCUGGCCCACUCCAUACCCAGGUGGUCCGGUAAUUCGUACGUUUGGUCAGUAAAUUGAAUUUACUGAACGCCAUAGCAGAAAGGCACGAACAAGCAUUUCUACAGGGAGGAGUAAAAGUUUUAACAUAGGGGCCAUAGUCCUGAGGCAGCAGGCGAGCAACCAGGCUUCUCCAGGACCUAGUGGCCAGGUUAGUUUCGCCACAACUCCCUUGCACACUCAUAUCAUAGUAAGCUAGUAAACAUCUGCCUCAUUGCCUACCUCACCAAUAGCAGUCACUCUUCCCCUGUCACUGCUUUGUCUUCUACCUCACCAGUAACCGUCAUUCUUCCCCUGUCAUUGCCUCGUCACCUACCUUACCAGUAAGUCACUCUGCCCCUGUCACUGCCUCAUUCCUAGCUCCACUGUAACAAUCACUACCCCGUCACUGUCUCUCCCCAAUAAACAGCUGUAAAACUUGAUAUUGCCUCCAGUAUUUGUGUAUGAUAAAUCAAUGCAUGGUUUGGUUUAGCAGUGUAUUUUUUCAAAAGUGAUAUUGAUUUUUUUUUUCAGGGAAAACCCACAACUUCCUCCGUUGUGUGAUGAUGGAGCUGAUCAGUAAUCGUCUGACAGACUCGGAGGAUGAGUACAGCUGCUCCUGUUAUCCAGUACAGACCUUCAAUAGUGGCCCCACCUGCAAACUGCUCACCAAGAACGCCAUCUUCCAGAGUCCUGAUCGGGAUGGCACUGUCCUGGUGUGUGCAGGAGACGAGUCCUCAAACUCUGCCAUGGUGAGAAACCUUGUAAUUCCUUUCUUGUGUACAAUACACAUCACAAAGGGAGGGGCACGGAAUACAGAUCCUACCUCUGUUCAGUUCUCUCCUAUAAUUAACAAGUGUGUUUGUACGUUGUGAAUAUUAAACAAAUUUGUAGAUAUCCACACCCGUGUAUUUUUCAGUUGAGUUUCUCCUUCGUUGCUCCCAGUAAACUUACACUUUUAAUAUAUAUUACAAUGGUGUAAUGUCCAUAGAAUUGAUUGUUUAAAUAGUAAUUUGUUUAACCACUUCAAUAUCUUUUUUUUUGCACUUAAAAAUCUAGCCCAUAGAGCCUUAUCCACCUUUGUUAUGACUGCCAAUCUGUAGAGAAAUGCGCUUUUCAUCCAGAAGCCACUGGUUACUGAUACAAUGCCUGUAUGCUUUUUUUUUGUUUUUUAAACUAACAUUUCAGAUCUUGUGUGAAAUAUUGCAUGGUAGAGGACCCUAUAUACGUUAUAAAGCGGUUUCUUAACUAAAAAUGUUUAUGAAGGAUGAACAAAUAAGUAACUUAAGUCUAAAUUUGCAUAAUUAGAUUUUUAAGUUUGUAGCAAAGCAAACUACCCAAAAUUCCUGUUAUAGGUUUAUAUGAUAGAUAUGCAUUCCUUGCUUCAAAUAUAUGGUAUGCUGAUAUUUAUUUUAAUCAAAAAGUGCUAGGUAGUAAAGGGGUUAAUCACUUCUUCCAGACUUUAUUCAGCAAUAACCACUCACGUCCAGGCGUGUUCGCUAUGAAACCUACUAACUCCUUUCAAUGAAAAGAAAUCUGCAUAAUGUUCAAUAUUCUAAACUAAACUGAGAAUUAUAAAGAACUGACGAGGAUAUUGUAAGUUUCUGCCAAAAUAACUGACCUGAGCAAAUCUAGUUCCAUUUUGGCUUGCGAUGUCCAAUUAUCGAAUUCCCAGUUUAGUUCAUAUUGCUGUAAGGCUUGGAAUACUAAAGACGUGGUCUGUCCUUUUUUGGAAGAAAUGACAAUCCAGCUAGCAUUCCUUACAUAGUUGGUAGAGUAACCGAACAACGACUAGGAACGUUCAUUAACUUAUAGAUCUAUUUAUUUAUUUAUUUAUUUUCCCUAGAUGUGCUUUGUUGUAUGACCUGAGUUUAUUUUGAAGAAUUGCAGUCUUAUGGUGUUUUCCUGCCUCUGUAAAUAUCCCCCAGUGAUGACGCUGUAUAAAGCACUGGACACUUACUAUGCACCUUUCUUUGUCCAUUCCAGCUGUGGCAUUCAGGAACCGGCUCGCUAGUUCAGAAGCUGCAGGCUGACCAGCCCGUGCUUGAUAUCUGCCCCAUCGAGGUGAACCAGAGCAGCAUGCUGGCCACAUUAACUGAGAAAAUGGUGAAAAUCUACAAAUGGGAGUGA